GAGCCAGUGGACCCUAACGAGCAGAGCGAGCUCUACACGUGGGGCCGGGCCACCAACUACCAGCUUGGCUAUGGGGCGGGCACCGAACAACAGAUCCCGAAGCUGGUGCAGCUUCCGAGUGCCAAGCUGGUGACGCAGUUGUCCUGCGGCCGUUUCCACAGCACCGCAGUGACUGCGUGCGGCCGCGUCUUCACGUGGGGUGUGGGUGGCGCCAGUGGAAGACUUGGCUUGGAGCUAUCCAAGAAGACAGAGGCGGUGGUCGUGGAGCCGAUGGCCUUGCCGCAGUUCGGGCCCGGUCGGCAUCACGCGACGAAAGCUGUGGCCGGUUUGAACCACACUUUGGCCCUCACAAGCGCUGGGAAGCUGCUGGUGUGGGGUGCCAACGACAAGGGGCAGCUCGGUUGUGGACAGCCAGGGGAGACAGCAUUGCAGCCGGUGGUGAUGAAGGUGGGGCCCUUUCAGAAACUCCGUGUCAGUGACAUUGCAGCUGGAGCUACGCACUCCCUCUGCAUCGCGGGGGAAGGCAGCGUGUAUGCCUGGGGCUGCAACGGCCGGGGAGCUCUGGGUUUGGGAGCUCCACCCUCGGGGCCCCUACAGGUUGCACAGCCUCAGAGCCUACCGCACCUCAAAGCUGCGACGUGUGUCGAGACGAAUUCCGGGGGGACCAUCAGCGUGUGCCUGGUUGGCUCACACGGUGAUGCCAUCAUCUUCGGCGGCUCUCCAAUCGCUGCAGCAGCGGCAGGUGACAGCCGGAACCCAGUCGACAAUCGCUUCUUCACCCCCGGACGUGUCCGUCGCAAAGACCCAGAGCUCUCCGAGAUGAACGGAAGUGACGAUUGGCAGCUUCAGCGCGGGACGCAGCUGAGCCCUUUGAGAGCGAUCUCGGUGAGUGACAGCGAAUGCUUCGGCAUCGAUUCCGACGGCCUCUUGUGGGCCUGGCCGACGACAUGCCGGCCAGUCACGGCCGACCUGGUGGCGCUGAAUCUUACGAAGGCGGUGCCUCCUUCCAGGCUGCCCAGUGCCCCUGAGAUAAGAGAUUCCGGUGAGUUCGUGAUGAUCGAGACGGAUGGCCUUUUAGAACCUGAAAGAAUCCCACCCUCUGCUCUUGAGACGGAUCUGACAGACAGGCCGCGUGAGAUCGAGAUUGCGGGAGUGAACGCGAUCGGACAUGCAAUGAAAGCAGGGACGAUGUGGGCCGUGGAUGAUUCAGAUGCCCGCCACCUCUGGCAAUUGAAGCGCCCUUCCAAGCCUGACGGCGACUGGGCCGCUGAACGCUUUGAGCACCUGGCGCAGGUUUCCUGUUUCGCAUGUGGCCCUGAGCAUCAGGCAGCAGUUGUGAAGUAUACCACACCCUGCUUCGACGAAGCAUCCCAGGCGGCCGAAGGUGCACAGGCCGUGGUCAAGCCCAAAUCCAACGUCCUGUCCUUGCAGCAGCUAUGCGAGAACAAGCUAUGUGCAAAGCUGAGCCCGCGCUCUUUCGGUCUUGUCUGCGACAUCGCUUGGGAGCUGAACCGUCCGACGCUACUGGACCGUGCAUUCCGUUUCCUCUGCGCGAAUGCGCCUUUGAUGUUCUCAAGGCUCCACUUGCCUAUGCUCUCCCAGUUGCCCAUGGAGGUGCUCGCUGCCUUGGAGGUCGCGGCGAGGGCGAUGCAUCCGGGCAGUGAGUCCGCGGAUGCUUUGGAGGGAGAGGCUCCCGGGCACUCGGGGAGCCCCGAACCCGAGGCUCCUUCCCCUGGCGAGUCUGAGCUCUUCAUGGGUCUCGGCGAGGCCUCUGGGUGCCCGUUUGGGCAGGAGGACGAGGAGGCGCUGAGGCGGAUCGAGGAGUCCUGCCGGAAGGGGCGCUGGUCCACUGCCGCCUCAGAGGUGCUGUCUUUGCUGGCCGUGUCCCUGCCCGGGACAGCCGGGGGUCAAGGGCCCACAGCCGAGCGAUUGGGCCUGGACUUCUCUGCCGCGGAGGUUCAGAGCCUCCAGGAAGAACAGCUCGAGGCCGAGACCAAGAAGAAGAAAAAGGCCUCCGCUGGCACCUCCCCGGCACUGCCGCAGAAAUCCUCACCCGUCUCCUCCAGAGCCUCGCCGAAGUCUGCAGCCGUGUCGCCUUACGUGCAGCCGGAGAGGAGCAGCCCAAGCAUCGAGGUACAGGACUGGGUGGAGGUUCGGAGCAAGCCGCGCAAGGGCAGCCAAGAGCUGCCUUUGCAGAGCCCAAAGGCCAAGCCCGUGGAGUCUCCGCUUUUGGCGGCGAAGAGCAAGAAGGCACCAAUGAAGCCAAGCCUCCCUUCGGAGGAAGGGACUUCGGCUCGGAGUUUGCGGCUCUCCGACUUCAUGAAGCCCCGGGAGCUUAAGGGGAAGGGGAAGGGCCCGAAGGGCCCUCCUUCGGUUUCAGAGGAGGUCUCCAUGGGGCCUUCGCCCAUGCUCGUCUCUGCGGUAUCCGCGGUGGAGUGCAAGGAGAGGGGCCCAGGGCAGGGCUGGGGAACGCAAGGACCUCAGGCGGCCAAGGCUUCCGUGCCCUUGCCGGAGAUCAUCGAGGAGGAGUCCCGGGCCAAGAGCAAGGUGAAGGCCUCCCAGCGGAGCGCCAAGCAGGCCAAGAUCACCACCUGCUCCUGGGGCCGGGAUGCCAUCCCAUCGGAGCAGCCGAGGAAUCAGUCCAUCGAUCAGAUCCAGGAGGAGGAGGAACACAUCCGCCAGCAAGACGAGAUCGCGGAGAUUGAGGCCAUGUUCGCCGCUUUGGAG